UUCAAAACAUGUCAUAUAGUCAUUGUUUCCUUCUUUGUUUUUGUGAAUAUGCUGACUAAACAUUAAAACAGGACGGUGUCAGAACGUUAUAACGUUAUAAUAAACAGCCAACUAAAUAGCAGCUUUGUGGAAACGCUUUGUGAUUUGCAUGACAUUAACUGGUUCGUGACUUUGCGUACGAAUUGGCUCGUGCCGGGUUUUUCCGAUUUUACAGUCGUGAGUCCGAGUCUUGACGUGUCCGGUGAGAAUGAGUUUGGGGAGGGAGAGAGAGAGAGGAGGCGGGGUUGGGACUCGGAGCGCAUGGAUGAACGGGCUCUGGAUCGAGAGCACUGCGGAGGACACAAUCAGCUGCUGGGUGAAAAAAAGAGCACAAACUGCAAUGCACAAGAAAACAGCAAGCAACUUGGACAACAUUGUGGGGAUGGCAUGAAGGGAACGCGCGCGCUGUUUGGUGACGAUGGAGAAGUUUGACGCUGCGCUUUGCUCAGAAAGACUUCGCGGAACGCAUCGGUUGAAUUCAGCGCCACAAAUGAGACCCCACAUUUACUGAAAGGUGAAACGCGAGCUCACUUUGGUAUGGAGAUACGGGUUCGCCAGCAUGGAUUCUGAUCUUGGUGAUGCCGCAAGCGUAUGGAAUAACGCGUCGUUGGGACUGCACAGCGAGCUCCGCUCCCACGCGUCCUCCAACAGCUCCAACUCGAGCGCAGCCAACGCGCACUUCAGCCUCAGUCGGGCGCUGCCUGUGGGCAUGGUGCUUGGCGCAUUUAUAGUUUUCGCCAUCGUGGGCAACAUCCUGGUGAUUCUCUCCGUGGUGUGCAACAGGCACCUGCGCAUUCCAACUAACUACUUCAUCAUAAACCUGGCCAUCGCGGAUCUCCUGCUCGGUACCACUGUGCUCCCGGUGUCCGCCACGCUAGAGAUUCUGAACUACUGGGUCUUCGGGAGGAUUUUCUGUGACAUCUGGGCUGCCGUCGAUGUCCUGUGUUGCACAGCGUCCAUCAUGAGCUUGUGCGUAAUAUCCAUCGACAGAUACAUCGGAGUGCGCUACCCUCUGCAGUACCCCAGCAUUGUGACCGAGAAAAGAGCGCUCCUGGCCAUGCUGGGAGUUUGGGUGCUUGCUUUGAUUAUCUCCAUCGGACCUUUGCUGGGAUGGAAAGAGCCGCCUUCUGAGGAUGAAACCGUGUGUCCAAUAACAGAAGAGCCGUUCUAUGCGCUUUUCUCGUCCCUCGGCUCCUUCUACAUCCCCCUAGCUGUGAUCUUGGCCAUGUACUGCCGCGUUUACAUCGUUGCCAAAAGGACCACUAAGAAUCUCGAAGCUGGAGUUAUGAAGGAGCGUAAUGACUCUAGUGAGCUCACACUGCGAGUGCACUACAGAGGUUCUCACAUCCAGGAUGACUGCAGCAGCAGCAGCAGCACGGGCAAAGGCCAAAUGAGGAGCUCACUCACUGUGAAAUUGCUGAAGUUUUCUAGAGAAAAGAAAGCUGCCAAAACUCUUGGCGUUGUAGUAGGCAUGUUCAUCCUGUGCUGGUUACCAUUUUUCCUCGUUCUGCCCAUCGGUUCCUUCAAUACCAACCUGCGUCCUCCAGAGACUUUUUUCAAGGUGAUUUUCUGGCUUGGCUACUUCAACAGCUGCCUAAACCCCAUCAUCUACCCCUGCACCAGCCGUGAGUUUAAACAGGGAUUUAUCCGCAUACUGCGCUGUCAGUGCCAGCAGAGGAAAGGCUGGAGACCCUACAACUACCGAUCCCACAUGGGUCCCGCUAUCCAGAUCUACAUGGACAACAACUCAGUUUGCACGAACAGCAAUCAUGCCUCAGCCAGCCCUCGGUUCUUCAGCAGAGAUACUGACUCUCAUACAACAUCGGGUCUCUUACCAGGCUGGAGUUCCUCCUCCACCUCUCUGUCUAGCAGUUCCUUUCCUAGGAAGUUCAUUGCCAGCCCUGGAGUUGUGCAUGAGAAUUCAGACAAAUCCAGCAGGAUGACUCUUCUUAUUCCUGACGGGGUUCCCGCAAAAGAGCCCCAGCAUGCCAACGGGCAGAACAUUCGAGAGGAAGUAGAACCAGUAAUAAAUUCUAGACCAAUUUCAGCAUGAAAUGAAACUUUAAAUGGGUAUAUGAGAUUUCUCUUUCAAACUUGUGCGCCCUCUUGGCUUCUUCUUCUUCUCCUUUUUUUAACACUGUGCAUUUGACAUUCUUGUUGUAACUGAAUUUUUUUUUUAUUCUGCAUGUCUGCAUUGCGAACAAAGCUACGACAAAGCUACAGUGGCUACUGAUGUUCAACCCUGGUGGAAUUAAGAGUAAAUAUUUGUGCGUUUUCACUUAUCUUGAAUUUUACUGGUAAUUUUACAUUCUGUCUCUAUUUGUGCUGUAAAAAUUAUUAAACAUUUUUAAAUUAUAAAUCAAGCCCAUUUGUUAUAGAAUUAUAAUAUAAUUUAUUAUUAUUAUUAUUAUUAUUAUUAUUAUUAUUAUUAUUACCAUCACAACGACUAUUAUACUUUACAAUAAUAGUUGUACAUUUCUAAAAUAAGCAUGAUUUAAUUCAGUCUGGUUUUAACAAGCACUGUAGUACAGAAUUUAGCUUUUAAUUCAGGUCAGUGACUUAUUGCUUGCCUCAGAUUGUAGUUAUUUUUCCGUUUUGUGCACCGCUGGAAAGCAGCAUUUGCCAACUGACAAUUUACAAGGGAUGCAUUGAUAGCGAUCCUGCUAUUAUACAUUCACAGUGGUGGACGAAGUGCACAAACCAUGUACUUGAGUAAAAGUAGAGAUACAGUAGGUAAAAUAUUACUCCGGUAAAAGUAAAAGGUCUCUGUACUAUGUUCAAAGUUCAAAGUUCCAUGAAUUAUCAUGGCUAUAAUGUUCCUAUUGUAGUAUUUGUCACAAGACUGCUGCUUAAUCAACUCAGUUUAUGUAAAAAGACUCUAAUGUUACUCUUGGCACAUUAUCAAUAGAAUGAUAUUAAUUAGACUAUACUUCAAUUAUAAAAAAAAAAAAAAAAAGACCACAGGUGCUCAAGUUUGAGUUGAGUUUCUUCCAUCAUUUAUUUCUCUAAAAAUGUUUUGCUUGCUGUUUAACUGACGCUGAACUGGAUGUUGGUAAUAAGUAGAUACCACCAAGUGGCUAUCAGAACAAGUUUAAAACACCCUGA